AUGGCGAAACAGGUCCUCCAGCUAAAUCUCCGGACUCGCAGGACCUCAGGCUUGCUGUGGCAUUCACUGCCUCAAGGUUGCGGUGCGCCUCCGGCCAGCAUCCUUCAUAGCAGAAGCCGGUUUCUUUGCACCAAAUCAGGCCGCGCUGCAGCUGGGCGCUUGCCAGCCGACGGGCGUUUGAACGAGAAUGGCACUUUGUCUGCUGGGAGGACAGCCCUGGAUGAGACCGACGUUCAAGGCGCGUUUAAGCGUGUGAACUCAGUCUGGCGGAACGUCAUCGAGGAGGACGGGCAAUUUGCUCCAGAGCCCAAUCGUUAUCACCUCUAUGUGGCUUUAGCCUGCCCUUGGGCGGAUGGAGCGCUUGCAGCUCUCUUCAUGAAGGGUUUGGAGGAUUGCAUCGGCUACAGCGUGGUGCACCCCACCUGGCAACGAAGCCGCCCAGAAGAUCCACAGGAUCAGCAUCAUGGAUGGACCUUCCGUCAACCCGGCGACGCACCGUUGUCGAAUGGCCUGGGCCAUGGCAGCUUUGAGUGCGACGACGCCCUAGUGCCGGAUUCGGUGAAUGGUGCCAAAUUUGUGCGGGAUAUCUACGAGAAGGCCGGCGAUACCGGCGGCAAGUAUUCCACUCCACUGCUGUGGGACAAGAAGCAGAACACCAUUGUGAACAACGAGUCGAUGGACAUUCUGCGCAUGUUCAACAGUAAGUUCAACAAAUGGGCCAAGAUGCCGGAACUGGACUUGUUCCCCGCCAGCCUGGAAGCGGACUGCGAAGCGGCCAACGCAUGGAUUUAUCCGAACAUCAACAACGGCGUUUACAGGUGUGGCUUCGCCAAGAGCCAGGAAGCCUACGACAUCGCUGCGCAGGACCUGGCGGGUGCCCUUUCAAAGGCCGAAGAGCUCUUGUCGAAGCAGCGGUACGUGUGCGGGGACACCUUCACCUACAUGGAUCUUCGCCUCUUCAUGACCUUGAUUCGCUUUGAUGCGGUCUAUGUGGUCUACUUCAAGACCAACAUGGGCACCAUUGAGAUGAAUUUCCCCAAUUUGUUGGAGUACUGCAAGGAUGUUUAUCAGGUGCCGGGCAUGGCAAAGGCCUGCCUGGUGAGCUGGUGUUCUUCCUACGGGUCGCGCUAUCCCGAGCUGCGGAGCUUGUGCGCUGCCGUGCAAGACUCCAUCGACGAGUCCUCCUUUGCAUGGCCAGCUGUCGCGAAGCUGCCUGUGGGCUCGGAGGAAGUGGCGGUGCCCCUGUUCUCGCGUUUGCCCCUUUAUGGACGGGCUCUACUCCCUGAGGAGGAGGCCUCCGACCUCUUGGGUGCUGGCCGGCGUUGGUGCCCUGAGGAGGGCUGCUUGGUCUAUUCCUCCCAAAGAGAAUUGACCGUUCUCUAUCGAGAAGGUCGUAAGGCACAGGUGGCCCAGAGGAUGGGCCUUCCAACAGACGCCUUGGAGGAGCAGCUGAGCUCCGGCGCGCGGCCUGCGGCGCCCAGUGACGCCAAGGUCAUCACAGCUCCAAGUCUGCCCAAGAGUUACUUGGUGGCUCGAGAAAUUUUGGCCAUCCUCUUGGGAGCUGGCGCGGGCACCUUCGAUGCUCGCAGUCGGGCAGCACUCCUAGAGAUGUUUGCCCAGUUUGGUAUCCCUUGCCAUUUGGCAGCCAGGUGGGAGUCCGAGAUCGGCGGCGCUCUCUUCGAAGCACUCGAGGUCUCCAGCAUUCUGGAGGACCAGAAAGCUUCCCGGAACAGCUGGCGCAGAGGAAAGGUGGCUUUGGCCGCGGCCGGUGGUGGCAUCUUAAUGGCCGUCACCGGGGGCCUGGCGGCUCCAGUGGUGGCGCCAGCCUUGGCAGCUGGAGCUGCUGCUGUUGGUGCACAAGCGGCUGCCGUGGGCGCCGCUGUGGGUUUGGCGCAAGCUGGGAUGCUGGUUGGAGGUGCCAUCAGUGGCCUCGGCGUGGGGCUGGGCGCCAUCCUGAGCUCCCUCGGUACCGCCGGUGCUGUGGCCCUCUUUGGGGCGACAGGUGCCGGCAUGACGGGCUGGAAGAUGUCACAUCGCUGGGGGGACCUGGAGGAGUUCGAGUUCCAGCCCUUGGAGAACAGCCAGAGGCUGGUCCAAGAGAAAGUGGAGGUCGAAGACCAGGCCGCAAUCACAGCCUUGGAUGAAGCAACACGCAGCAACGCAGGCGUGCUCAAAGAGGAUGCUGCGAUCCCCUUGGCCAACGGCGGCCUGCAUGCCCUCCGCAAAGGUAGCGAGCUGAUCCGACGUCAAACCUGCCCACGCGAGAAUUCCGACGCGCUGACGGUGUGCUACGAGUUUCAGCAUGCUGUGGAUCAGGUGCAGCGCUCGGUGCACCUGGCGCUCUUCGUCUCGGGCUGGAUCAAAGAUCGGUCCGACUUCCGAGGGCCCUGGGUGGACGCAGCGAAGGUCUUCUUCCCCCACAGUGGGCACCUGGCCUUGCAAUGGGAGACCCAGGAGCUGCUCGAUGUCAGCGGCGUGUUUGGCCAAAUGAUCACGCAAGAGCUGGCAUCCAGUACUGCUUCCUUUUGGUCGGGAAGCCUCAGAGACCGACCACCGACGACCGCGUGGCGCAGCGAGUCGUGGGAGACCCCUACUG